AUGAUAACAUACUUUCCUCUUCGCCCCACAGAACCUGUGGAAUUAGAUUUAUCCCUUGAAUUGCGCAUCCCAGUCGCCAGUGUGCCAUCAAAUUUCAUUGAUCUGUUCAGGAACUUCCUAAUAAAUUUGGACUAUCCACAACUCAUCACUAAGUCUUUAAGUGUAAUAAGCGUAAAUUUUACCACAGGCUGCUAUCCAAACUCCACCGGAGGACUGUUCUGUCAGUGUGAGGAGCAGUAUGGUUGGUCAUGUGACCAGUGUACCACCUACGGCACAUGCAGCAAUACCACCAGUGCAACCUGUAGCUGCAUAAAUAGCCUUCCUUCUAAUGAUCAGUUCUGUCAACCACUCACAAGUAUCACGCCAUGUCCACCACCUGAUGGCACAGAGCCCUUACGCUUUACACCAACUACAGUUAUUUCUGGGGAACAGGUGAUUGUGACGUGUGGCCCUCCACCAGAGAAUCUCAAUCUUUCCAGCUUGACUGCAGUGUGGACACGUGACGGCAACCCAAUAACCGAAGAUUCUUUACAUACCUUUUCAAUUAAUAAUGGAGAGGCCAAGCUAACUGUGUCAAAAGCCUUUGACACUGACAGUGGAGUUUAUGAAUGUAGGCUGAAACAAGGCCAAGUGGCUUUCCGACAGAAAUCCAACGGACAAUUUACUAUCCAAGAAAGACCCUUGAUCCAAGUGUCGCCGAUCCGAAGCACUAUUGAGUGUUCGGUUGGGAAACUGGUGACGGUGACAGUGACGUGCUCUGUCCAAAACCCCUACAGGGUUAAGAUUAUAGGCACACCUGCAGCAGGCUCAAAUAGUGUAGUCCAUUCGUUCCCAAUCCAAAACUGUCCAAGCUCAGCAAUCACAUUCACUUGUGAAGAGGAAACCCAUGGCCAAUUUCAAGGCACUAUAAACCUGAAGUUCGCAGAGUCCUUUGAUUGUCGCAAUGAUCCAGUCUUUGGUAAUGGAACUGAUGGUGAUGUGGCUGAAGUUCCCUGCCCCAAAGCAGAUGAAGCGGGGGAACUGACAGCCGUUUGUAGUGGAACUGAGGGUAAAUGGGUCAAUCAACAAAACAACUGCAUCCUAAAGGCAGUUCAGGAUCUGCUCGAUCAGUCUCAGGUCUUGACUAGCCAGUCACUGCCAGGAUUCUUGAAUCGACUUAGCAGUGUUACUCUCAACUCCACAACAGCUGUAGUUGAAUCUGCCAAUAACAUUAACGCCAUUGUUCAAGUACUCGACAAUGUAGCAGCAGCGUUAGUAUCAUCACAAAUCAUAGUAUCUCAAAAUUCAAUGACGGAUGUCCUAUUUGCUGUUGGUGUCCUCACCACAAAUGAGGCAAAGAGUUCAUGGGACGAUCUAAACAAUAACAGAACCAGUUCAGUAACAAGAAGUGGAGUUGAAAGUGCCAGCUCAACAUUAUUACGUUCUGUUGAGAAUAUAACAAACGCCCUUACCAGUGACUCUUUUACCAUUAACACACCCUUUAUUCUCUUGAACAAAACUGCAGUCACAGGGACGUUCAAUGAAGACUUUAAUUCUACAGUGGUGGUAGACAUACCUGAUGGUGGAAGCAAUAACAUCACAGUCAUAACAUUUGCCUCAAUGGAUAACGUACUCCCUCCAAGAGUUGAAAACAAUUCAACCAUCAAACUCAUCAAUGGGAGAGUGGUUCUUCUUCAGUCCAGUAACACCAUCAAUAACGUAUCAUUCACAUUCGAUAUUAUAAAUGACACUCUGGGAAAACCUCAGUGUGUCUUCUGGAACUUCAGUCUCUUCGAUGGUCUCGGAGGAUGGGAUGAUGAGGGCUGUGAGUUGGUAUCCAAUGUUAACGAAACUGCCACCUGCAAUUGCAACCAUCUGACCUCAUUCUCUAUCCUAAUGUCACCCAGCAGUCCAAAAGACCCUGUGUUAGAUAUUAUAUCCUACAUUGGCGUUGGCAUAUCCAUGGCUUCCUUGGUCAUAUGCCUCAUCAUUGAAGCUGUCAUAUGGAGAAAAAUAAGAAGGAACAACACAUCGUACUUACGCCACGUGUCUAUUGUUAACAUUGCAGUGUCUCUCCUGAUUGCAAAUAUUUGGUUUAUUAUUGGGGCUGCCAUUUCAGAUGCAGACACAGAAAACCCACCAGCAUGCACUGCAGCUACAUUUUUUAUCCAUGUUUUCUACUUAGCCCUGUUCUUCUGGAUGUUAGCCUCAGGUCUCCUGUUGUUUUACCGCACAGUCAAUGUCUUUGACCACGGUUUGACUAAAAAGUCUAUGUUGGCCAUUGGAUUCUCUCUAGGCUAUGGAGCACCCUUAAUUAUUGCAACUAUAACUAUAGCUGUAACUGCAUCCAAAGAUGAAUACAUCAGAGGAGAGGGGGUCUGUUGGCUCAACUGGGACGAGUCCAAAGCUCUGCUGGCGUUCGUGAUCCCUGCGCUGCUAAUAGUAGUGAUAAACUUCCUGAUCUUGAUCGUGGUGAUUUACAAAAUGUUGAGGAGAAGGGCAGUAACUGCACAAGCAGAUGACAGGCACGUUCUACUGGUCAUUAUUAGGAGCUUGGCUGUCCUCACACCAUUUUUUGGAAUAACUUGGGGACUGGGAGUCGGAAUCUUGACCAGCCCAAACAACAAAGGAAUCCAUAUAGCAUUUGCAUUCUUCAAUUCGCUGCAGGGUUUCUUCAUAUUGGUUUUUGGAACGCUACUGGACAAAAAGGUGCGGUCAGAACUUACAUUCAAGUCAGUAAGCUCCAGUGCAACAAAGACCACCAGUGCUGGAAACUCAUCAUCAAGUGGAUUGGGCUUUUUCCGGAACUGGAGAAGAGGAGGAGGAAGAGAUGUAGCACCGCUGCCUAUUUCUUCUUCUCCUUGGGCCAUCCGCACUGGACCCAUCAAGACAGGGGGCCUUAUUCAAGUGCUGGACCACAGCCGGUGGACAGAUUCCAUGAGAGCAGCCAUCGAUGGUCUUCUGAUUACGCACCACGGAUCUAAAGAUCUUUUCAAGCGGGUGGAUGCAGACUAUGCUGCCAUGGUGCAGAGGGCAUGCACCGACCCCAACAGUCUCCUUCAUCCCACCACAUGCCAGCAUAUCUCCAGAUAUGUGAAGCAUCUGGCAAAAUUAAAAAACACCAGCUCUUCUCUGAACACCAGCCCAGAGAAAGUUUUGGAGACACAGCAGCUGUGGCAGAGUUUGACCUCAGGCAGCCAUACAGUCAGUGUGCCUGUCACAACCCUCCCUCCUGCAGCUUUCAACCCUCCUGCUGUGGCUCCCCCUCAGGAGGAGUCACUGACCCGGGCCACAGUGGAGAAGAUUGUUUUUAACACCUAUGCAGUUGAAGGCCUCACAAACCCCAGGAUGCCUUUUGAUGAGUUUACUUCCUCUCCUUUUUUUGAGCGGGAGCUAGAGGCUGCCAGACAGAGGGGGGCAGAGUGGAAGAAGGUGGCAGAGGAGAGGGCAAAGAGGAAGUCAGAAGUGCAGCUGCCAACAGGCCGCCUGUGCAGGUCCUGUCACCAGUCACUGAAGCAGGGUCCCAACAGCCCACACAUUCAUACCAGCUUCCCCGGAGUGUCAAGGAAAUAUAUCUACUGCCCUUCCAGAGUGUUGUCCCUAUACAAAGCACAAGGCAUGGUCAAGGAGAUGACCUGGAUGGGGUUCCAACAGUCUGCCUUUUAUAAGGCUGAAAGGGACAGAUGGGUUGCAGAGAGAGGGAAGUGA